CCCGGCAUGCCCCGCGCCGGAACGGGAAGCGCCUCCCGCCCUAUAAGGCAGCGGCGCCGCCGCCUCGCUUAAAGGGGCCGCGGCCUGCGGGAGGAGAUGUUUCCCACUGGGCUCUGUCUCUAGGAUGUUGGAGAACCAAGAGGAGGAGGUGACCACGGUGCGCGUCCAGGACCCCCGGGUGCAGAACGAAGGCUCCUGGAACUCCUAUGUGGAUUACAAAAUCUUCCUCCACGUGAGAUCCUGCCCUGCUCUGCCUUCCAGCCCCUCAGCCACGUGGAUUACUUCCCUGCUGGGUUGUUUGUUGCAGACCAACAGCAAGGCCUUCACUGCCAAGACCUCAUGCGUGCGGCGCCGCUACCGUGAGUUCGUGUGGCUGAAGAGGCAGCUCCAGAGGAACGCUGGCUUGGUGCCUGUGCCAGAGCUGCCUGGGAAAUCCACCUUCUUUGUGGGCAGCACAGAUGAGUUCAUUGAGAAGAGGAGGCAGGGCCUGCAGCAGUUCCUGGAGAAGGUCGUGCAGAACGUUGUGCUGCUGUCAGACAGCAGGCUGCACCUCUUCCUGCAGAGCCAGCUCUCUGUCCCCGAGAUCGAGGCCUGUGUGCAGGGCCAGGGGCCCCAGACAGUGACAGAAGCCAUCCUGCACUAUGCCAUGUCCAACUGUGGCUGGGCCCAGGAGGAGGAGAGCAGGCCCACGCUGCUGCUGCCUGGAGGGCACCUGAGUGCCAGCUCUGCUGGCCUGGGAAGCCCACAGGGUCCAAGCUGCCUGGAGACCUUCCCAUACUGGAGUGACUUUGGCAUGGAGGAUGCCCACUCGGACAGCCCGGAGGAGCCUGCCAAGCCCCCGGGUGGGCAGCCUGAGGUGCAGUGAGCAGCUCCAGCACCUCCCCUGCACCUUCCACCUGCAGCCCUCGCUGGAAGAGGGAUCAGUGUGGAGCCAGAGAGAUGUCCAGGCUGGUGGGACUGGGGCUGCACUGGGGGCACAGCCUUGCUCCUGCUGUGUCUGGAGCUCACCUGCUGGCUCCCUGCAGACUCCUGCCUGUCCCUGGUGGCCCUGGCAGUGUGCUCCUCUUGCUCUUCUCUUUGGAGAAGGGCUCUAGGGGUUCGUGCAGCCUCUGUUUGUUCUUCCCAUGGCCUUUGCUCUCUCACUGGGGCAGCAGCAGGGCUUGGUUAGGUGGCAGUGCCAGCUGCUCUUGGCCUGGCCAUGGCCUGCAGCAGGGGUGGGAGAUGCUGGCCUGCAUGCAGCUUGUCCUUGGGGUAGCAGGGGCUGCCUGCUGCCCAGGGGGGGUCUCUCCAGCUCAUCUCCUUCUAUUCCCCAUGGAACAGGCCACGAUUCCCUGGCACCAGCUGUGGUGCAGCUCCUGGGAAGGGAGGGAGGGAGAGAGUGGUCUCAGCUGCAUGGAACUGAAGCCCACCCAUGGGGUGCAGAUUCCAUAGCCACACCUGGGACCUCCUGGCACAGCUCAGCCACAGGGACUGAGCUUUCCCCUGGCACUGUGGGGUACAGGAAUGGGGCAGAGGGGGGUGCCCUUUCCAGAUGGGCUUCCAGGGUGGGAAUUCAGAGCCUGGCAGCCAGGAUUUAGUUCACUCAGGAAGAAGGAGCCUGUAGCUGCCUUGGGGUUGGCAUCUGGCAGCACCUGGGGGGCUCUGGCUACUCCUGAUGCCUCUCCCUGUGUCCUCCUGCACCUUUUUCCUACCCCCCCACCUGAGCACUGGUGAAGGCAGAGCUGUGAUGUGCUCUGAUUGCAAUAAAAAGGGAGUGAGGAGA